GCGGCAGCAGGAGGAAGAUGGUGGCAGCAGGCGGAGCGGCUGCCUGCCGGGCAUUCCGCCCUGCGCUGCGCUGCCCCCCCCGCCGGAGCCGCCCUGCCUGCUAAGGAGGCGGCGAAGACCCGCACCAGGUGCGGUGGUUGGAGCCCGAGUGCCCGCGUCGUGGGGUGCCGGGGAGGCCGGCGGGCCCGCAGGCGGGCGGUGCAGCGCGGGGUGAGGUGAGCUGUGAUAGACAAAAUGUCAGUAUAAUAAAUGACCUACCCACCAGAAUUUGCCAUGAACCAUUUAGUUGGACCGCCUGUGGGGGAAGUAAGUGAAGAGCCAGCAAAUGGAGCAGUGAAUGAAUCAGUGGAGGCUGACCUGGAGCACUCAGAGGUGGAAGAGGAACAGCGGUAUGCAACUCGCUACCCAAGACAUAUGAACAGCAGCCAAGGAGGCCUGUCUGGGCAGGAGGAAGAAGGGAUGUUAGCCCGGUCAGCCAGCACUGAGAGUGGUUUCCACAAUCACACGGAUACUGCAGAAGGGGAUGUGAUAGCCACAGUGGAGGACAGUUACGACACAGAAAGAGUUCAGGAAAAUGAGGAUGAGAGCGCAUAUGCUGUGCAGUACAGGCCUGAGUCUGAAGAGUACACAGAGAAUGCUGAGGCUGAGCAUGGUGAGGCCAUUCAUAAUCAAACAUUGCCUAAUCACUUACAUUUCCAUUCCAUUGAACACGAGGAAGCCAUGAAUGCAGCAUACUCAGGUUAUGUCUAUACACAUCGGCUCUUCCACCGGGGAGAAGAUGAACAGUAUGCUGAGCCUUAUGCUGACUACGGACUGCAGGAACAUGUAUAUGAGGAGAUAGGAGAUACACCAGACCUCGAUGCUAGAGAGGGUAUCCAACAGUAUGAGCGGGAAAGGGAGGAAGCCGAUAAUUACCGCAAGGAGGCACUUGGUGCCCGCCUUCACCAUUAUGAUGAACGGUCUGAUGGAGAGUCUGACAGCCCUGAGAAGGAAGCAGAGUUUGCACCCUACCCAAGAAUGGAUAGUUACGAACAAGAGGAGGAUAUUGAUCAGAUUGUAGCAGAGGUGAAGCAGAGCAUGAGCUCCCAGAGCUUAGACAAGGCAGCUGAAGACAUGCCAGAGGCAGAGCAGAGUUUGAAGCAUGGUCAUGCUCUUGUUGGUGAUGGGCAUGAAAGUAAUGGCCAUCUCCCAGCUGGUUCUCGAGUUACAUCCAGCUCAGGAGAAUCUGUACAGAGGUACAGUAAGGAAAAGAGAGAUGCAAUUUCAUUGGCCAUCAAGGAUAUUAAAGAGGCUAUUGAGGAAGUGAAGACGAGGACCAUCCGUUCUCCUUAUACCCCUGAUGAACCUAAGGAGCCUAUCUGGGUGAUGAGGCAGGACAUCAGUCCAACCAGGGACUCUGACGACCAGAGGCCACUAGAUGGCGAUUCUCCAUCUCCAGAUUCCUCUUCACCUCGAGGUGCUGAAUCAAGUAGGCAACAUCAGCAGGAGACCUCCACUAAUAAAGAGUCCAGAAAAAGUUUGGCUUCAUUUCCAACCUAUGUUGAAGUUCCUGGACCUUGUGAUCCUGAAGACUUAAUUGAUGGAAUCAUUUUUGCUGCCAAUUACCUUGGCUCAACUCAACUGCUUUCUGAUAAAACUCCCUCCAAGAAUGUGAGAAUGAUGCAGGCUCAGGAAGCUGUCAGCAGGAUCAAGAUGGCCCAGAAAUUAGCCAAAAGCAGGAAGAAGGCUCCAGAAGGUGAAUCUCAACCCAUGACUGAAGUGGACCUCUUCAUUUCUACACAGAGAAUAAAAGUACUGAAUGCAGACACACAGGAAACCAUGAUGGAUCAUCCCCUGCGGACCAUUUCUUACAUUGCAGAUAUAGGAAAUAUAGUUGUUUUGAUGGCUCGUAGGCGAAUGCCGCGGUCUAACUCCCAGGAUAAUGUGGAAGCAUCUCACCCUUCCCAAGACGGAAAGAGGCAGUACAAAAUGAUUUGCCAUGUCUUUGAGUCUGAGGAUGCACAGCUGAUUGCACAGUCCAUAGGUCAAGCAUUUAGUGUGGCCUACCAGGAAUUUCUGAGGGCAAACGGAAUCAACCCAGAAGACCUGAGCCAGAAGGAAUAUAGUGACUUGCUCAAUACCCAGGACAUGUACAAUGAUGACCUGAUCCACUUCUCCAAAUCUGAAAAUUGCAAAGAUGUUUACAUUGAAAAGCAAAAAGGAGAAAUCCUGGGUGUGGUAAUUGUGGAGUCUGGCUGGGGAUCCAUUUUGCCUACAGUUAUCAUAGCCAACAUGAUGCAUGGAGGACCAGCAGAGAAGUCUGGGAAGCUGAACAUAGGGGACCAGAUCAUGUCAAUCAAUGGGACCAGUUUGGUUGGUUUACCACUCUCAACAUGUCAGAGCAUUAUAAAGGGUUUGAAAAACCAGGCCCGGGUUAAACUGAACAUAGUUAGGUGUCCUCCAGUAACCACAGUCUUGAUCAGAAGACCAGAUCUCAGAUACCAGCUGGGCUUCAGUGUGCAGAAUGGGAUUAUCUGUAGCCUUAUGAGAGGAGGUAUAGCAGAGCGAGGAGGUGUGCGUGUUGGCCAUCGGAUCAUUGAAAUCAAUGGGCAGAGUGUUGUAGCAACACCCCAUGAGAAAAUUGUUCAUAUUCUCUCAAAUGCUGUUGGUGAGAUUCAUAUGAAGACUAUGCCAGCUGCCAUGUACAGACUGUUGACUGCGCAGGAGCAACCAGUUUACAUCUAAAGCCUACACCUCACCAUCAUAAUGUGCAUGGAGGAUGUUUUUCCUCGUUAGUGCUUGUCUCUCUCGUGCUGCAUUUCUGUGUCUGCAGAGACAUUUCUCAAUCUCUCUCUCUCUCCUUCACAGACACAAAUACACUGUCUCUCCUCCCUCCCUUUUUCCUCUUCUUGAUACCAUUCAACUGAAUUUGGGAAGGGGCAAAAUGCAUCUAUGGGACUAUUUUGGUUGAAUCUUUUUAUAAGUGAAACUUUAGUUCCACAUGCAAAAACAGGAAAAUAACAGCAGCAUUGCUUACAUCAGGAUUCACAAAGAAGAUUGAUCCUGCUUCAUGCUGCAUUAGUCUUUUUUUUGUGGCUAUGAUUUUACAAACUGAGUAAAUUAAACAUUGCUUAAUUAAAUGUCUUUACCAAACAGAUAAAAGUAUAGGGUGAAAAGUGUUCUCUUGGAUGUCUUAUGUGUGGUUUUGCUUUUCUUGCCCUAUUUUCCCACAGGCACCGAGUUCAAUAUUAAAAGUUUAUGUCUGUACAAAAAGUACCAAAAAGAUAGUUUCACUCUCAGAAAGAAUUACCUGAUUAUGAGGACUCAAUAGAUGCUGCUAUUGUAAAAUGGACUUUCCAAAUACACAUCUUUAAAUUCCUCUCUCUUUUCAGUUCUUCAUGAUAGUAGGACUCCAAAAGGUACUUUGAGAGUUGUUGAAACAUGUUACACUUUUGUUUGCUUACACUGAGUCAUUUGAGAGGCAUAUUUUACAGCUGCCUCCUUCUCUCUGCCCCUAGGUUUCUAUCUUGUUUUCUUCUACUUUGUUUUUAUAUGCAACAUGUCAUAUAGUCCCUUGCCUAUUUUAGAGGUUAAAGGAGGGGGGGGAGGAUCUUUAAAUAUCUACAAGAGAAAUAAUGAGGGGAUUUCAUGAAGAGCUACACUUUUUCUAGGCUCUUCAUUCAGAAUUUGGUGCACACAGCCAUGUGUGCCAGUGUAUAUAGACCUUUUUAAACUUGUGCUUGCUAUUUAUGAAGUUUGAAUAUAAGAGAUCUGCAGACUAUUCUAAGUAAUUUUGCUCUCUGAGCCAGUUUUAACAUAUAUUUUUGUCCAAAGACCUGUCUAAUUUUAUUGACUUUUCUUUAGUUCACUAAAUAGAGAACAGUGGCAGUGGAUGAAGUGGGGAUAAACUUAUUUAUUUUGUUAUAUAAUUCAACUUGUGAUUUUUUUUUUCCAUAUGUAUAGCACUUAAAGGAGAUAUGUGUGUACUAUAUGCACUUGUAUGAAGAUGAUAAAUUGUAGGGAUGUAUUAACUCUAGGAUUAGGAUUUAAUUGGCCUCUAACUUGCAUGCUAGAGACAAAAGGGGGAAAAGGGGUUUGGUUGUUUUUCAAGGGUAGGAGGGAAUGAGCAGUGGCUUGUCUUCCUAGUGAGAGAAUAAUUCUUCCUUCUCCAUAGUUACUUUUUAGCCAGACUGUAUACUGGUAUUUAUGCUGAAAUUGAACCAUGCAUUUAGUCCAGGCUAAUGUGAUGAUUUCUUUUAAAGAAACAGUUUGCUAUAUUGUGACGAUAUUAGAAAGGCUCAGUGAGAUGAAAAUAAGAGCAGGCCACACACAGCCACAUACCACUUUUGCUUUGCAAAUGUGAAUUUGGAUAAUGGUCACUUUUUUUCUUAGUUAUUGUGGGGUGGACUGUGCAAUGUAAGUAUUAUUUGCAGUCCAGCAACAAUACCUGGACAUUACUAUGGAGAUUCAUGGAAGUGAAUGAGUGUGCUUUUACAUGCAUCUGCACACUUGGUGCAAACACUGCUAAGAGUCAUUGAGCCCUCUUGCCAAAAGUCCAUUUUUGGCUUUCAAAAAUCAUGGAUAUCCAGGGGCUGAUCAGAGGUAGAGAAUAAACUUUGUAUUUCAGUGGUCAGUAAUAUUUAAAAAAAAAAUAAUGGAGCGAUGCAUAAGCUAUUGUAGCAAGUGAACAUGUUUUAGUGCUGAGAUUAAUGUACGAUGACUUGAUUUUACUUGCAGUUCUUGUUUUAUGAUUUAAUCCAAAUCUCCAGAAUAGCAGAUUGCACAAGAGAGCAGUGUUAGUAUUCCAGGUUAGUACUUACCUCUGCUACACGACUGAUGCAACUAGAUAGUGAAUGACUUCUGAGUAUAUUGUUUAAAUGUAGACAUCUGGUUUAUGAUCAUUUGAACAUUUUUCCCAAACUUUCCACCUAUAUAGUAAUAUAUGUAAAUAUGAUAUAUAACCAUGUACAAUUUAGAAGAUUAUAUACAGUGCAGCCUUCCCAUGAGUUGCCUGAGGA